AAACUAGGCACGCCUGUUAUUAACGUUCUAAUUAAUAAACUAAUUUUUAGCUCCUACCUCAAAGGAAAGCAAUACCAAGGCAAAGAGUCGGCAAAGGGCAAAGUAGCCAUCGUUACGGGCGCCAACUGUGGCAUAGGGAAGCAGAUCGUUCGAGAGCUGAGUCAAAGAGGAGCCAAGGUUUAUAUGGGAUGUCGGAACCUGGAGGCCGGUCAGACGGCGUUGGCCGAGUUGGCAAAAGUUGGCUGUUGUUCGACUCGGCUCGUGCUACUUCAGCUGGACCUAUGCUCCUUCUCGUCGAUCAAAAGCUUUUGCGACGAGGUGGCCGCUGCCGAAUCGAAGGUCGACAUCCUAGUGAACAACGCUGGAGUCAUGUUUUAUCCUAAGUUCAAGAUCACCGAGGACGGUCACGAGCUGACUUGGCAGACCAACUACCUCGGUCACUUCCUCCUCACGGCGUCGCUUCUGCCGCUACUUGAAGCGGCUGCCGAUGAAGCACGCGUGCUCAACGUGUCGGCCAGGGCCCACUAUUACGCUGGACCGAUUAACUUGGAGAAAGUCGAUCAACGCAGCGGAUGGGACCGUCUCGAAGCGUACAAGUCAAGUAAACUCGCACAGGUUCGUUUCUUGAACAUUUUUAAGAAUUAG